AUGAUUGGUUCAUUUCUUAUCACACUUGCUAUUAUUCCCAAUGUUUACUUUUGUAAGCCAAUUGAAUCGACACCAACAAUUAUUAGUGCUAUUUCGUCAAACGAUAAAGAUAUGCAAAAAAAUAAAACAACUCCACUAUCACCAUUAUUAUCAUUAUUAUCAUCAUUAUCAUCGUCUGGAUUAGAUAAGACUUCGGAUGAUUUAAAAAUUGAAGACGAAGGUCGAGAAAAAGGUAUGAAAAUGUUUCUGGAAAAUAACAAAGCGAUCUUGAAUACCGGAUUAUUAAUUGAUGAUAUGAUUGAUGUUAUACGCGAAGGUAAGGAACCAUUUUUAACAUUAUUCGCAUUACCAUUAUCUGUAAUAUUUCAUCUACUAGGCCAAACUGAAAUUGGCGAUGUAUUUGGAAGUUUCGGCUUAUCAGCACUUUUGAAUAUUAUCAGUAUGCGAUAA